GGCGCGGCGCGGGGCAGCGCAGGGUCGCCAUGGCAGAGCUGCAGCAGCUGCGGGUGCAGGAGGCGGUGGACUCCAUGGUGAAGAGUCUGGAGAAAGAGAACAUCCGGAAGAUGCAGGGUCUCAUGUUCAGGUGCAGCGCCAGCUGUUGUGAGGACAGGUAGGCCUCCAUGCAGUAGGUGUACCAGUGCAUUGAGCAUUGCCAUGCGCCUCUGGCUCAAGCCCAGGCUUUAGUCACCAGUGAGUUGGAGAAGUUCCAGAACUGCCUGGCUUGCUGCACCAUGCAUUGCAAUGACAAAGCCAAAGAUUCAAUAGAUGCCUGGAGUAAGGAGCUUGAGGUGAAGCAGCAGCUGGAUGGUUGUGUGACCAAGUGUGUGGAUGACCACAUGCACCUUUUCCCAACUAUGACCAAGAAGAUAAAGGAGUUCUUUUAUCCAUGGGGAAAUAAAAGUCUUUGCCAAUGCCCAUCGGGGCGGAGGGCAAGGAUAUAUUUUUUAUAA